AAACAAUAAUAAGUUGGUGUAUCAAUCCUUGAAUUAUAUCUGUAAAAAUAAGAAUGGUUGUAUCGACAAAAUGCUAUAUGAUGGCAAUGAAUUGGCAGAUUAUAUUUCAGAUAUAAUAGCAUUUUAUUAUCCAUCCAUAUUUAAUAAUUUAAGUAAUCUUUGUUUUUCAGAUCAG